CUGGAAAGGCCCAGGGAAGGGCCUGGAGGCCUCCGGAAAGGCCCGGGGAGGGUCAAGGAAGCCCGAGGAGGCCCAGGAAGGCCCCAGAAGGUCCAGGACGCCGAGGGGAAAGUCAGAGAAGGCCCGGGAGGCUCAGGCUUUCCUGCGAGGCCCGGGGCGGCCUCUCCAGGCCAGGCUGGCCGAGUGGGCUGCGCAGCCCCAGAGGGGGCCGUGCGGGGCGCAGGGACAGGGCCUGAGGCUGGUCGUCCUCCCCUGGCGGCGGCGUGCGUCCCGCGGGCUCGGCAGCCGGGUGACCCCCGAGAGGCUCUGCGCCUGGGCGGCCACCGGCGACCCCGCGGCCCGCGAAUACCGGUGGACCUGGUGGAACGCGAGGCCUCCCGGGGCGCCCCCGCUCUCUGGUAGUUGCCGGGAGACCCGGCCGGUGGGGAAGCCCGCGGAGCCGCAGCCCCGGCCCCGGCGCCGGCAGGUCUCUCUGGGCCCUCUCUGGGCCCCGCCUGGGCCCUGGGCCCGACUCCCACCCCUGCGCCGGCCCGCGGGCUUCGCAGUCCCUACACCGCCGACCCGGCUGCGCUCGAGGCUGCCCGCCGCCCUCUCUGUCCCCCGCUGCAGGAAGCCCGAGGCAGAGGGGGCGCCCUCCAAGCCGUCAGCCACGCACGCGGAGGCGCUGGGGCCUCGGGGCGGCGCACCAGGAGAGAACGCCGGGGAGGACACUGGGGCCUUCGGCGAGGUGGGGAUUUUAAGGAAACAGAGCAGCAGCUACAACAAAAUGGGGAGAAGAAAUGAGACCUGUGGUAACAGCCUACGUGUGUCAAACGUCUCUCAGGAGAACUUAUCUCACUGGAAUUUGGAUUCAGAAGUGCCUGUUCCUGAAAACAAAAUCCUCCCAGCUGGAAGGGAUAGAGCAGCAGGUGGCAAAAUUAACAAGAACUAUUUGGAAAUUCCAGUGGAGCAGCCGAUGCCAGAACCUAAUUUGUCGGCACAUACUCAAAAAAGUACACAGAAUAGUAAACAAGGGAUCUUUCAAUUAUGGAAUUGUGCUCUUAAUGAAGGAAGUACCAUAGAGAAGAGGGAAUUCAAAAAAUCUUCAGUGGAAACUGGCUUUAAUGUAACCAGUAAUCCUAUCAGGGUCUUCACUCUGAGCCACCCAUUCACAAGCACUUCAGCUGAUGAGCAGGUUGGUCCUUACCCUGGACUGCCGGUGCCACUAGGUCUCUGCUGGCCCCAUGCUGAUGGAGACUUUUUCAACAACAGAAAUGAGAUUCAAUUUAGUUCAUGUUCAACUAUAGAAAACAACGAUGGUGAAACGUUACCUGCUGCAAAUUGGAAUUUGAAACACGGAAGCAGCAGUGUGGAAGAAAAUUUAACAGAUGAAAGUGACUUAUCAGAAAAUGAGAAAGCAAAUGAUACUUUACUUAGCUCUUUUAAAAAGGUGGACCUGAACUUGAAGCCAGAAACAAUAAAAAAUGUUGAGGAACCUUUCACCGAGGAGCCAAAUGAAGUAUUUCCAUAUCCUGAUUUUCUCCCUCCUGCUUUCAGUACUCUAGACUUGCACAAUUUAGCCCUCUCCAAAUCUGACAAUUGGAAAGCAACAGUGGAACCUGCAGAAAGCUCUAUUGAACACUUGAUAACUCGUUUACUGGAACUAGAACGAUUACAACAUAUGACUAUUCAAAAAGAGAGGCCAAGACUACCAGCGACUUUCUGUACUCCAGCAGUAACUGAACGACCCUCUUCCUCCAAAGCUACACCAAAAGCGAGACAGCUAAAACUUUGUGACUCUUUGAGUCUUCAGAUACCUUGUGUAGAUAAAAGUCAAGAAAGAAGUAAAAACAACUCUGGUUCUUGCAAACUUGAGCAAAAUGCUUUAAAAUGGAAUUGGAGCAAUGCUGGCAAAUAUAAAUGGAAUACUAGACCACCGCCUCUAAAAAGUUCUUCCACCACAAAACAAUUGACUGAAACUUAUAAGAAUCCCAAAAGUUAUAUUUUAAAUCCAUGCCAAGAACUUUCAUCCAAGCCUACUACUGGCCAAACAACUCAAUCACUGCUUAAAAUGGUCUCCACAAGAUGUCUGCCAUCGAGGUCUCUAAUGCCAGUUUCACCUAUACCUCUGUCUUUUCCCGAAAAUCAGAAGGAAGAAAUUAAGGCACCGAAGAGAAACUUUGGGACCAAAAAGAAACUUUACCGACAAAAUACAGUGUUGAAUAGACCGUUCUCUAUUCAGAAGCUAAACUGUUUGUCACCUUCCCUUAUUGCUAAGGAUAAGUGCUGCUCACCCAUUGAACAAAAAUAACUCUUUUCUUUCACACAUCUCAGUGUGAACAGAUCUAUUCUAAGAAGCCCAACUAAGAUAUGGUUAAUUAUUCCAAGACACAGGUACUGUUAACAAUCCCCCAAAAUCACCAAACGGUUGCUUGAUGUGAUAUGGAGUGGAACUUGUGAAGAGCACUGCUGAGAUGUCUAUAUAUAAACCCACAGGCUUCUAUACUGACAUAUUUGCAUGUUGUGUUUCAAAUAAAUGGUUCACUUAGUAGACUAUUCUAUUCAAAAGGCUAUUGUUUUUUCAGUGAUUGUUUUCCAGCAUCAUUCCAUCAAUAAAUGGUAUAAUUGACUUAUUGCA